AUGGGCAAAGUGAUACUUGUGCUCUCGCUGCUGUUGUUGGUGGGCACCUGCUGCUGCUCCUCCUCCUCCUCCUUGUGGGGAGGAUGCCCUCCUCAGGAAAGAAGUGCCCUCAUCCUCUUCAAACAACACCUCCACGAUCCAUAUGACCAGCUGAGCUCAUGGAAGGGCUCAUACUGCUGCUCCUGGAAGGGAAUCGCCUGCCACAGGGGCACUGGCCACGUGGUUCGCCUGGAUCUUAGCACCUUUUAUUAUCCCUUGUCAGCAGUAGUGAGGAAUUCAAGCAGUCAAAUAUUCCCAGAUUUAUUCCACCUGCACCAUUUGGAGUACCUCGACCUCAGUUGGAUUGACUUGUCCCCUCUUCCUUUCCCUUCACAUCUUCCGAGCCUCAGCAAAUUGACACACUUGAGCUUGUUUUAUUGUAGGCUUACUGGCCAAAUUCCAAGUGAGCUUGGCAAUAUGUCUAGCUUGAAAUAUCUGGACAUCUCCUACAAUCCUGAUCUUACCGGCGAAAUUCCAAGUGAGCUUGGCAAUAUGUCUAGCUUGAAAUAUCUGGACAUCUCAGGAAAUCCUCAUCUGGAGUUGAGCCAAUCGAGCUCAUGGAUUCGAAAUAUGCGAGGCUUGGAGGAGCUCUAUAUGGACGGUGUGAAUCUAACAACGGGAGGUGAUGGUGUGGUAGAGAAUGUUGCGUCCCUCACCAACCUUACAGCACUUUCCAUGUCUGGACUGUCAGGUGCAAUUCUCUCUCCUCUUGUAAAUCUCUCCUCCCUCUCCCAUCUCUACCUUGUUGAUAGUGACGUCACUCACCAACACUUUCCCAUCUGGAUUUCAAACCUUACAUCUUUGGUCUCCCUCAAUCUGUUCAACUACAGUCUCCAUGAUUCCAUCCCUUCCACUGUGUUAAGUCUUCCACACUUGAAAAACCUUCUCUUGUCCUACAAUCCCGAUCUCAAAGUAGAUCUGACCUUCAUUGUGCAGCAUGCUUCCCAGCUCAGAAGCCUUUCUAUUUAUCGUUCAAAUGUGGGAGGAGUGAUUCCAAAUUCUGUUGGGAAUAUGUCCUCGUUGACCUCUUUGCAUCUUAGGGGUAACAAAAUUGAAGGUGUUCUUCCUCCUGCUAUUGGAAAUAUGUCUUCGUUGACCCACUUGGAUCUUUCUUAUAAUUCAUUGAGAGGGAACAUUCCGUGGAGCUCUUUAGGUGGCCUACUAAAGUUGUCAACUCUUCAGCUGGAUUCAAAUCAAUUAAAUGGGAGCUUGCCAUAUAAUUUUGGUAAUCUCUCAUCCUUGGAAGUCCUUUGUCUCCAUGAUAACUAUUUGAAUGGCACUUUCUUACUCUCUCAAUUAGAAGGUUUCACAAAGAUAAGUGAGUUGGAACUUUCCAACAAUUUCUUGACAAUAGAAAUGAAUUCUAAUUGGAUCCCUAAAUUCCAGCUUCAAUAUUUGUAUUUGAGUUCUUGUAAUAUGCAUGGUGAUUUCCCUACUUUCAUAUCCACUCAAUACACCAUAGAGAUCAUAGACCUAUCCAACAAUUAUUUGAGUGGAAAUUUUCCUGAAUGGUUGUGGGACCUUACAUUCUUGCAGAGACUCAAUCUCUCAUAUAAUCAAUUUGGAGGACCAUUAUCCUCUAAGUUCAGUGCAUUUGAUGCUCAAUAUGUGGACUUACAUAGAAAUAAGUUACAAGGGAAUAUUUUCAUGCCACAUCCUAAUGUGCAGUUUCUUGACAUGUCAGAGAAUCAAUUUGAGAGCAUCAGUAAAGAAAAAAUGAACAAAUAUGGCCCCAGUCGACUAAUUUAUUUGUCACUUGCAAAUAAUAGUAUUAGUGGUGUCUUUCCACAUUCUAUUUGUGAAGAUCCUCAAUUGGAGGUUUUGGAUGUGUCUAAGAACAAGAUUACAGGUAAUUUUUUUGCAAGUUUUGGCAAUUGCUCAACAACAUUAAAGGUGUUGAAUCUUGAAAACAAUCAUUUGGAAGGUGAGACCGGGAACAUAAUUUGUCUUCAAACAUUAAAAUUAGGAGGUAAUAGACUACAAGGGCCGAUUCCAUCAUCGCUUCAAAAGUGUACCUCUUUGCAAAUUCUAGAUUUGGGAUAUAAUAACAUGCAAGGAAAAAUCCCAAAUUGGAUAGAUAAGUUGAUUGAUCUUCGAAUUUUAGUACUAAGAUCUAAUAAAUUCAAUGGUGAAAUACCAUUACAAUUGGCAAAGCUACAACAUCUUCAAGUCUUGAUUUUGUCAAAUAACAAUUUUUUUGGAGUAAUUCCAAGUAGCUUGAGUAGCUUGAAAGCAAUGAAAAAUCAAACAGAAAGCACAGAUGUCCUUCAAUACUCAAAUCAUUCCAGCUCAAUGUCUUAUGUAGAUAAAAUGGAAAUAGUCAACAAAGGCCAAUUUUUAGAGUAUGCAAAAUCUUUGGCAAUGGUUCGUUGUCUUGAUCUCUCAGGCAACAACUUCUCAGGGGAUAUUCCUCAAGGAAUUGGGUUCCUCAUUGGUCUAAAAUCUCUCAAUUUAUCAAGAAAUCAUCUAAGUGGCAAAAUUCCUACUUCUUUUGGAUAUCUUGUGAAAUUGGAGUCACUUGAUAUUUCAAAGAACAAUAUUAUUGGAGAUAUUCCUGGAGAACUACAACUUCUCACAUAUUUGAGUUAUUUCAACAUAUCUUAUAAUAAUUUGUCUGGUAGAAUACCAGUGGGAGGUCAAUUUCUUACAUUUAGUGAUAGUUCAUUUUCUAACAAUGCACAUCUUUGUGGACUUCAGAUAAACACAAGUUGUUCCUCUUUUCUUUCUCCAAACUACACUCAAGAUGAAGAUGUAAGUAAAGAAGAGUGGGAUGAAGAUGUGUGGUGGGAAGUGGAAAUUGGAUUGAGCUUUGGAGUUGGGUUUGCACUUAUUAUUGGAGUAUUAUGUUUCAAUAAAAAAUGUCGUUUUAAAUGCUUCAAGAUCAUGGAUGAAGUUAUUUUCAUGCUUGAUAAAAAUGUUCAAGAAAAAUUAUUUUAA